AUGUCUGUAACAGUAGAGGAACCUUGUAACAAUACUCCAAAGUUUACUAUUAGUAAUAGUAGUAAUAAUAAUAACAAUAAUGAAAAGAAACAACAAACAACAACAACAACAACGAUGACUAAUAAUAAAAAUAACCAAGAUAGUUACAACAACAACAACUCAACAACAGACAAAGAGGCAGCAUCUUUAGAUGAUCAACAAUCAUCUGUGCUAAAACAAAGAUCCGAUGACCUAAAAUCUAGAUACACAUCAACCAAACGAAGACAAGAAAUAAUAAGUGUACUUUUAUUCUUUGUCUUUCUUGCAAUCUCUAUUCAAAAGAUGUUUAACGUCUUUUAUGCUCAAAAUAUUUGGUUGUUCCUAUCUGCUUCUGUAUUGGCUAUGGUUGCCGCCGACUUUUUCUCUGGAAUUGUUCAUUGUGAGUAUAGACAAACUAGGGCUGCCGAUACAUGGGGAUCAUUAGAUACACCUCUAGUUGGAAAUAGUUUUAUUAGAUCUUUUAGAGAACAUCAUGUUGCACCAACAGCAAUGACCAAACACGAUUUCAUUGAAACCAAUGGUGACAAUUGUAUGUUGACCGUUCCAGUUUUGGCCUUUACUGCAUUUGGUCCAAUUAUUGGUGACUCGACUUACAACUUAUUCUUGUUGUCUUUUCUUGUCAAACUAUCGUUUUGGGUCAUGUUGACAAAUCAAAUUCACAAAUGGAGUCACACCUACGAUCUCCCAUCCUAUGUCAAGUUUAUGCAAAGAUAUGGAAUCAUUCUUUCAAAGCCCGACCAUGCUGUCCAUCACAGAAAUCCAUUUGACAAAUACUACUGUAUCACCAAUGGAUGGUUGAAUCCUUGGUUGGCUGGUAUUGGAUUUUGGAAGAGAUUGGAAGAAAUUAUCACUUUGACUACUGGUGCCAUCCCAAGAAAAGAUGAUCAAGCUUGGACUAAUUAA